UUGAAAGUAGAAACCCAAACAAAAAUGCCGCCAACAUGGUUUACUCCAGAACAAUAUAUGAAAGCCCGCCAACAUUAUUGGCAAAAACUAGAGAAAAACAGACUCUUCAUUUUACCUGAAAAGCCGCCUGCUGAUGUCAUAACGUACUUCAAUGGACCCAAUCUUUCACCAAAAAGCCAAGCUGAAACUUGCGCUUAUGAUGCUUUUUACCAUUUUGAGCCUGGUUGGGAUCAGCAUAUCUCUCGAGCUGAUCGAAGCAAUCCCAAACUCAUCCAUAAGAACAUUCACAAUGAGGAACAGAACAGAAUAGUUCCAGUGGUAACCUCUUCUAACUACGGACACAGGAAGACAGAGCUGGAGGGUAAAUCACUGGUGGUUCACAAAAAAACGCACCCCACACGAGAAUUCUACAGAGUAAACAAUACCAAUUUGAAACCUUCUCGUGGACUUUUAAGAGAUUCAAGCACCAUUUUAUAAAUUAAAUAUAUCA